GCGCAGAAAAGGAGCGGAAUUUAUCUUGUAGCCAGACUGGUUUUAUUUUUAAUCGGAUAUACCUAUUCCUAAAUAUAAUAAACUUGUGUAUACUUACCUAGUUCUGUUCUUCGAUGGCAAUAUUACAAAAUCUGACAAAUAUCAUGUAACUUUAGUAAUUUUCCGAUCGUACAGUAUCUAUGCAAUAUACUCGUAGCUGCACAAUAUUUUAAAACGUCACAUAAUACUUAUUAUAUAUUUCAGUCAUAAAUCCUACUUAAACGCUCUAACAAUUGAAACGGUCAGGCCGCUAUUGAAUCCAUUCAAUUUCGGAAUCGGCGCACGCUCUUACAAACGUUUAGAUUGCCCGUUGGGAGCACCAAAUAUACGCCUACAAAGUGACCACUGUUGAAACUACGCUCUUACCAAUCAGCCCACCCGCCCGUCUAACAAGUUGAAACUGUUGGUACAAUAGUUACAGGAUACUUUUCAGCUGUCAAAGUUAUCAGCUACCAUCAUGUUUACCGUUCAGGUUAUCGCGACCUUGUGACCUCUACCAUGCGUGCUCUAACCAGAGGGAGCCAGUGAGACCGCAGCCUCCCUAACCUAAUCCAAAAAGUCCUAAGUCCAGUAUAAGUGAAGGUUUUUAAUGCGCUCUGUUACAAAAUGGCGACGUACGUCCGAGCAUGCGCUCUGGACCGCCGCCCGGGCUUUCACUCAGUGAAUGGAAGACCGCCUAGCAGCGCGAACGUGGGGUGAACAACAGUGUGAGUGAAAUGAGCAUCGCGUGAUUCCAGGAUGUCUGUGGCCGCGGCCGCUGUGGGGCCCGGCCACUUGCGACCAUGUGCGGCGAAAUAGGCGUACCCGCACACGGCCGGCGCUCUGGUCGGGGCGCAGCGCGGCCCCCGGGCGCGUUGAGUUGACAGCAUGCUAAUCGACAACACCACUGCCAACCUCACCGACCUGGCCAACGUCCCCGCCAGCCCGUACUCUCUCGUCCAGAAGAUCAUCAUCGCCAUCAUCGCCAGCAUCCUCUCUGUCCUGACCGUCGCCGGCAACUCCAUGGUUAUGAUCAGCUUCAAAAUCGACAAGCAAUUACAAACUAUUAGCAACUAUUUCUUGUUCUCGCUUGCCGUUGCCGACUUCGCUGUCGGUCUGAUCUCCAUGCCUUUGUUCGCGAUGUUCACUAUCUACGGAUACUGGCCGCUCGGGCCGCAUAUAUGCGACACGUGGCUGGCGUUAGAUUAUCUAGCAUCGAACGCGUCAGUUUUAAACUUGCUCAUCAUAAGCUUCGACAGAUAUUUUAGUGUGACGCGACCGUUAACUUAUAGAGCUAAGAGGACUACACGGAGAGCUACGGUCAUGAUAGGCAGUGCGUGGGGUUUUAGUUUAGUGUUGUGGCCUCCCUGGAUUUACGCGUGGCCGUACAUAGACGGUGAACGCAAGGUGCCCCCAAAUGAGUGUUACAUUCAGUUUAUAGAGACGAACCAGUUUAUCACGUUCGGGACGGCUAUAGCCGCCUUCUACGUGCCAGUGACUGUGAUGUGCAUAUUGUACUAUCGGAUAUGGCGUGAGACGAAGAAACGGCAAAAGGAUCUGCCGAAUCUACAGGGUGGGAAGAAACACGACUCGUCUAAGAGGUCUAACUCUAGCGACGAGACGAAGGAGGUGGACGGGCGGGCGCGGUCCGAGUCCGGGGACGCGGACUCCGUUUACCACGUGCGGGGCGCGCUGCACGACUCGAGGUGGAAGGAGCAGCAGAACGCUCGGUUAGCGCGGUCGCAGAAGCGGGGCUUCGCCGCCGUCCGAGCGUGGUGCGUGGCGUGGUGGCACUCCGGCAGGGAGGACCUGGAGGACACGGAGCCCGAGGAGGAGCCCUCGGACCCGGGCUACGCCACGCCCGUAUCCGUAGAGACCCCGCUGCAGAGCACUGUGUCCAGAUGCACAUCGCUAAACGUCAUCAGGGACCCAUACGCCGGCCGUGGGGGCUCCGGCGGCUCGGGCGGCGACGGGGGUACUUCCCCUCUCCGCCGCACAUACGAUGCUCCCUCUGCUCCUAUCCCCGCGGCCCGCGACAGCCGAUCCCUCCCUCCCAACACUAGAAUCAACACUACUACCUCACCUGCGCCAAAAUCGGUCUCAGCCGACUCGGUAUACACUAUCCUUAUCAGGCUACCAGAAGCAGAUUCGGAACAAAAUAGACCUACAAUCAAAAUGAUCUCUGAAGAAUCACCUCCUACAAACAACACCAGACCACACUUCCGACCAACGAGAGGAGAUUCAGAAUUAAAUCUACAUCCAGCUGGACACCCUGCGUUAACCAGAAGAACCUCACAUAUACAAGACGUUAGGAUUCCUCUCAACGCGAAAAUAAUACCGAAACAACUUGCUGGCAAAGGAAUAACAAAAGCGCCAAAAUCUAAAAAGAAAACACAAGAGAAGAAACAGGAGACCAAAGCCGCUAAAACACUAUCCGCUAUCCUUCUAUCAUUUAUUAUCACUUGGACGCCUUAUAAUAUCCUCGUGUUACUUAAGCCUCUUACCGCUUGUACCGGGUGCAUUCCUGACGAAUUAUGGUCAUUCUUCUAUGCACUUUGUUAUAUCAACUCUACGAUAAACCCAGUGUGUUACGCAUUGUGUAAUGCUACUUUUAGAAGAACAUACGUCAGGAUAUUGACUUGCAAAUGGCAUAACAGAAAUAGAGAAGCGAUGACUAGAGGUGUUUACAAUUAGGAAUGGAUUUAAAUUUAUUUUACUAUAAGAUUAAGAAGGUACCAAUUUAAUGAUUGCCCAAUUUUGGUACCUUGAAUGAAUGAUCUUUGUGGCAGAACUUGUUUUAAAAGCCAUUCAUUGUGAGUAGUUUCAUUUUCAUUAGUGAGUUGACCGUCCCGUCCAAAGAUAGUUGUAUGAUUUGUAGAUUUCGUAAAUUUUUGAGAUAAUUUCUUGGAGAUUAGUUGAUAAUUACUGAUUUAAUUUUCGUAUCUUCUCCUGUUGUAAGCAGAAGAUCUAAUAAGCCAAAGAUAAGGAAUUAUGAUUUCAUAAAUAAGAGUCGGGUAUUUAAAAAGGGAAAGAAACGAAAUUGACGAUAGUGUGGUUUGUAAAAUCUCUAGUCAUUUCUCUACGGUGUUCUACAUGCAAGGUGUGAGCUUUUAGGAUUAAAUGGACGAAUUUAGGCAAGAAUAAUUUAAAUAAUUUAUAAUCGAUGGACUGUCAUUGCCAAAUUCCAUGUGAUUUAUAAGUAUUUCAUUAAACAUUUUAUUGCCAAGCUGACUGUUUUAAGCCUGUGACAUUUUAAUUUAUUCCAUAAUUUAUUUUUUUCAAAUAAUCUAUCAUUUUGGUAUCGAUGCCUAUUACCAGGUGGUUGGUAUGGUAUUUGUCGUAACAUAGUUCUAAAUUGUGUGCAUAAACGAAUAGUUUAUAGAACAGAGAGAGUUCUGCCUUGUUUUUAAAACUUGAUGUGUGUUUUAUCUUAGUGUUAAUUAUAAUGAUUCUAAGCAAUAUUUACUUGAUAUUAUGUGGUACUGAUUGUUCACUGCGGUAGAUAUUAAGAAAGCUACCUUGGAAUAAAUAAAUAUAAUAAAAAUAAAUUGACUAGUUAUUUACUUAUUACAUAUAAAUGCAAUAAUAACGAUGGUUAAACAAAUAAUAACAUUCGAGUAUCUCCUGUAAAUAUUUUGAGCCCAAAAUGGUGCGCCCAUUUAAAAUUGACAUAAGUUCAAUGGAAAAACAAAACAAAGAAACCGAUUAAUUUUUUUUAUUAAAAUUAAAGUUUUAAUAUCGGAAUAACAACUUAAAUUAAAUUCGGCUGAUAUGAAAAAUCGAUAUACAAGGGCUGACCUACAGUAUCCAAGGAAUCUUUCUCAAUAUACCUAUAUCUUCAAUUGAUUUCUGUGUUCUUGUGUUACUUCGUAAUUUAUAAGAAUCAAAAUUCUCUGUCAGUUUGAAAAUACAUAUAUAUUUGCAAAGUCUAUCAAAAUACUUAAGCAUACAACGAUAUGAACAAUUUAGACGAUUUCCUACUAAAACUAAUGUCUCUCUUUUUAGAUUCGAAGUCUGUGACUAGUCUACUGAAAUAUAUUGUAAAAUGAAUCUUAUAUGUCACCAAAAAGCGGGAUAUUAAAAUUCUAAAUAUAUGUACUUUUAAUAUUUAAAAAGAUUAAUAUUGUAAAAAGCGACAUUUAAUUCUAUAAAUAGUAUAUACUGUAUUUGUAUCGGCAUUAUAUUAAUAUACAUAGUGAAUAUAAUGACUAUGACAUUUACAAGCGAGUGUAAGUAUUUACCUAUAUUAAUUAUGUAAUAUAAAGUCGAAUCUAUGAGUGUCGUACAACGUUCCUCUGUUGUGAAUGGGGUUUUAUUAACCUAUUUAUUAUUAUAUAAUAAUAUAUAUGUGUAGAAAUAGAGUAUUAUAUCAUAAUUAGGAUAGGAUUUUAACUUAUCAUAAUUUUGUACUAAUUGCAGAUAAUUACGCAUUUUACCAUUUUGUUUCAUUUCCAAAUUAAAAUAAACAAGGAAAGAAAACUUGUAAUCUGCUGUUAGUAAUUUCAGCAACCAAAGUUCAUUUUUUAAUCAUUCUGCUAAAUAACAGUCGAAUGGCAAAACUAUUAUUUGUACAGCAAGAUAUUACAAUUAAAUAAACGGAACAACAAAAUAUAUACAUAUUCAACAAUCAUCUGGUUUCAUAUAUAUGUAUGUAUAUGUAUUUGUAUCAAUAUUAUAUAUAUGUUUAUGUUUGUGUAUUUCUUAUGAUUGUAUUGUGUUCGUACAUGUACCUAAUUGUAUCAUCUGUACCUCAUGUUUUUGCACCGCCUACCACUUAUCUGCUUUGCCUAAAGGUUGACUGGUAGAGAAUACCUUAUGCCAUUAAGUUCGCCUUUUGUACAGUGUGUUUUCUUAUGUGCAAUAAAGAUUAAAUAAAAUAAAUAAACAUGAAGAUGAAAAUCCGUACCUAAGUGCCCAUAUUGGGUUCUUGGCAGUAACCGAUCUGUGCCUGCAUGUAAAAAAUGCUUAUGGAUAAUGUUUAAUAUAAAUAUUACCUGCAUUCUGAGAGUUACUUAAAUUUAUGUGAAUUUCAUCUAGUUUUUAAUAAUUCCUGAUCUAUAAACUAAAUAGUUUCAUAUGUAAAUUCGGAUUUAAUAGAUUCUUAAUUGUCUGUAAAACAUCUUUAAUAAAAAAACAUUUGUAAUGCUAGAAGCAUACACAGAUGUUAGUACCGUACCGUUUGCGAAUCAUUAAGUUAAUAUUAUAACAAUAAAAAAUAAUUCAGCCUAUAUACGUUCCACUGCUGGGCACAGGCCUCCUCUCAUGCGCGAGAUUUAAUAUUAUAAAUACUUACAAUAUUUAUUUUUAAUGUUAUAUGUAAAAUGCGUAGUUUUAUCUGUUAUGUAAUCAAAAUACGUUACAAAAUCAACUGGUAUAAAAUGAGACAAAUCGUUUUAAUUUAUUUAUUUAAUCGCAAGGCAUGCAUAAUGUAUGACAAUCAGAGUAGCUUUGAGGUCGCUAAGCCAGGUAACCAACUCAGGCGUGACUGAGUCCAAAUCUUUAGCUGGACCAGAAUACGAGCGGAGGGGACAGCAUUGGAAGAUAUGAUCGGUGGUCUUAAUUCUAUUUAUUUAUUGAGAAAUAAACAUUCAUUCAUUCACAUUAAACAGUAGAUUAAGUAGCAGAAAAUAAACCUAUAGUUUUUUUUAAUAUACAUAUCAAAUAUAAAACAUUUUAAUUACGAUAUUAAAAAAUAUUAUUCACGUAAUACUUAAAAUAUUAUAUAUGAAUGGUAUAUUGCACAAUAAAACGUCAAAACAAAAUGAAUGGUGAUAAAAAUAAUGGACACAACAUUUAAUUGCAAUUUGUUCUUUUUUUGCUAUGCAUUAUCUGCGCGAGACUUCUUUCAUCAUGCAUCUGGAAUACCUACUGACAUGACAUAAAUUUAUUUAAUUCCGCUACCUAAAGGUUGUCUGGAAGAGAUCGCUUUUUAGCGAUAAGAUCGCCUGUUGUUUACCUCUUCUUAAUGUGCUGUAUUAUUUGUAUUGUUUCUGUAUUGAGGUGUGCAAUAAAGAGUAUUUGUAUUGUAUCUGAAACAUAGUAUAUCAGAGUAUUUCAAACAAAAGUAAUAUACGUACAAGUGAGUACAAAAUUGACAAAAUAGUACCAAAGUCUUUUGUUCCUCCUAGACUCGUCAUGAGAUUUGUAACGUAUUUUGUUAGUUUUAAUUCCUUAAAGUAUAUUGUCAACGCGCACAGUAACUUAGUUUUACCUUUACGGGCGUUUUCUUGUUGGUGUCCCUAGUAGUAAUAAUUAUUUGUAGAUAUCUAGCCUUGUAGACUUUACCUUUUUACAGGAACCCUUUACAUGUACAACGCCUACUGUACACGGAACCCUACCUAAAAGUUGUUUUAUACUGCUGGCAAUAUUUAUUAUGAAAAUUUGUUUAUUAAAUAUAUUGUUUCCUUUAACUCGUAUUUUAAUUAUAUAAAGAACAUUUUUAUUAAAUGGAUUUUCAAGGGAAGUUAUAUGAAUUUUGUGAUUUGAUUGUAUAUAAGAAUAUAUUGUUAUACAUUCUUUCUGUAAUACUGGGUGAUUUUGGGGUCGUGAUGCUGAAUGUCAAAAAUAUGUUAAGACGGUCACACUCAUGUUGAACCAAUUCCUCCUUCCCACGAAAUCCCGACCUUGAGGACCCGACGUAGUCUUUCACCCAAAAUCACUCAAUAUUUUUAUAAAAGAUUAUGUCAAACAAAAUAAAACAAUACCUAUAGGUAAUCAAGGGACAAAAUCAAACAUUCAGCAAUAAACAAUGACGCCAAGCUAAGAUAUCCAUAAUAUACAUAUUUGUAAAAAUAACUUUGCCUUACCUUAUUCGGUGACCUGUAUUUUUCCGUUUUGCUGCUGCACAAGUCGAUGUAAACUAGAAAAAACAAGAUCACUCUUUAAAUAAUAUACAAUUUUUACUGAAAUGCUAUGAAGUAAUCAUCAGGCGAUAAAUAUUUGCCAUCGACUGGUAUAUAGUAAGUGUAACAUUGCCUUGUCAUACAUAAAAAUCGUUGACAUGCAAGUCUCAUUUAAAUUGUGUACCAUGUAAAGUGAAGCCCAAUAGAAAUAAAAAAUAAUGUAACCUAACCAAUUUACCUUCAUUUCUUCGUAAUGUCGCAAUUUUUGUGGAUAAAUAUGAUUUUAUGAACAAUUUGUAUGUAUACUUAAACCUUUUAUUUAUAUCAAUUACUAGUUUCAAUACGUGUUAAUCAUUAAUAUUUCAAUGAAAACAACCAUCGUAAAUCGUAAGUUAUACGUCAAAUUCUGAAAAAUCCUGUCAUAGUUGUUUACAUUAUUUGCAAUUUCUAUUGGACUUCACUUUAGGUAUUCUCACACAAUCAAGUUGGUGUUAAAAUGUAAUUUGCGGUUUAUACAUGGUGGGGCAAAACAGUACCUAUACAAAACUAUCGGUCAUAUAUUAUGUACAGUCAGCGUCAAUAGUAGCGGAUGAAACAACGCGCCAAAAGUAUCUGAUAUUCCGGAUAACUUUUCCAAAUAUAGAUAAAUCUCUAAAAUUUACAUGCGAAAGUAUAUCUUUUACUGUCUUAAUUAUUCUACAUAUAGAACCACCACAUUUUGUUAAGCUGUUUCAGAAUGGUAGAUACUUUUGAAACCUUGUUUGAUCCGCUACUUUUGGUGCUGACUGUACAUGCAUUCAAUAUAAAUUGUAUUUUAUACGAGGUGAUUAUUAAUGAUAAGACACCAUUGUCGUUUAUAGGGGUAAAAUGAUUGUAAUGCUAUCAUAGGAGAGUCUUGAAGACUUCUUAAUCUAUUUGCUAGUGACAUAAGUGUUUUGCUCCAACCAUCUCGAUAUCGACUUUUAUAUUUCAAUACACAUUUUUUUGGCUUACUCGCAAUAAUUUUCAUAGCAAUCGCUUUUUCGGGUUAAAUGUAUUUUGAAAUUUAAGUAAUUAUAUUAUAACAAAUUUAUGUACAAAGUGAUCGUUUGUUAAUAAUAAGUAAUGCAUAAUUAAAUUAAACAAUUUGGCGAUCGAAUAGGUAGUGAAAUUUAACUCAAAUGAAAUUGAAAUUUAAUAAUAAUUUGCGAUAUUAUAAGUAAAAUUUGUAUAAUUUGAGAGCAAUUUUUACGAAAUACUCCUUUAUAUCACACAUUCCAAUUGUAGUGUUAUAUAGUGACCUCAAAUAUUUAAACACAAAUAGUUAAUUUCUGUCUUUAUUAUAUUAAACACGUUAUUUAGUUUUUUAGUUUUGUUUCAAAGAAUUUUAUGAUGUUUAUAUUAUUUUUAGUAAAUGUAAUGAAAUAAAGUUAGAUUUUAUUUAUAAUACUGUAAACACUGAUAAUAUUUGAGGUACGUUUUAUGAAGCAAGACCUGUGUUUAUUUAAAGUAACUUUUAGACGUCGAUUUUAAAAUCAUUAACUAAAUGACAAGGGAGUAAAACGAACUGAAAUAUUUAAUUAAAAUAUUGUCGUGUAUUUGUAGUGAUGUACCUAAAAUAAAAAUCUAAAGAAAACUAAUAGGUUUGGCAAAUAUUAAGAGUAUAGGUAGUUAGAUACCUAUUCGAUGGAUUUUUACUUAAUACGUAAGUGCAUGAAAUGUGAGUAGGCAGUGCCAAAUAUUUCCUAUUAUAUAAAAAACGAAUCCCAUGACAUUCCAAUAGUUGUUUUGUAUUAUUUUUAUUUUUUACUCUCGUUUUUAUUGUUGAGCGCUGCAAAAUUAAACUCGUUAUAGUUAUAAAAUAAAUAAAUUGUAUCGCAAUGAAAUUGACCAAAAUGUACAACGGUUUUCGACCUAGUUUUAUUGGGUUGGUUAUGAUUAUGAUCUAUUGGCGUGCAUGUACAAAUCGAGUAUAAUGUGAGAAUAGUGAGUUUCGUUCGAGACACGGGCCGGCAGUAAGGCCCUCUCGGGCCGUAUUUUGGAAUGCUUCGUGCACUUAAGAUUUAUAUUACUUUUGGAUAUUAUUGCUAUUCUCCCUUCCUUAGUCAAGUGACCAACCAGACUGUGAAAUUUGUGAAACCCUGUCUUAUGGAAAGAAAUGUACGAAGUGUCAAAUAGAAUUAAAUCUCGCAAAUUAAUAUAGAUUUAUUAUUAUCAGUGUACAAUUUAGUCAACACGGUGUAUUUAUGAAAUAAUAAAUGUGUUUUUUGUAAAUUAUUUUAAAAAUUAAUCCAUGUUUUUGUAUAACCAAAGACAAUAAAAUUGAAC